AUGGAGCCCUUGGUCUCACGGCUGGCCCGAGAGCGAGACCGGAAAGGAACGCAGGUUGACGUCCUUGCCAAUGCCUCUGAUCAAACCCAGAGCAACAACUUGACGUUCCUGGGCAAUUAUACAGCGCUUGAUCCCACAUCAUAUCUGGGUCAGGAACACGAAUUCAAUCCCACAUUCGACCUGGAUGCACAAUUGGGUCUUACUGACGGAAACGCUUAUGUCAAUGCCUUGAAUUUCGAUCUGGGCUUCGAGUUUGCGAAUAUGAACGGCUUUUCCGCCAAUACUCACCAACAGCAAUAUGACUCUACACAGUUCCAGCCACAGACCCUGCCGGAGCAAGAAAUCCCGACCGAAAUGGCAGCCUCGGGCAUAUUCAACUCUCACCAACCAAUCCCACAAUUGCGGCAGUAUCCUCAAGAAUCAAUAAAUGACACAGGAGAUGUCUGUGCCCCAACCACGAUGGCUUUGGAGGAGCAUUGCAAGACACUCAGUCCCUUGCUUUCGCAGCUGUUCAACAACGAGAUGUUUACACAGAACGCGGCCUGUAUUUCUUCCAUCCUAGCCCAGAAGGUUGAGUUUAUGAGCUUUUCAGACCUCACCAAGUGUGUCGACAGCACGGAUGCCGAAAAAUUGCUCUCGACCAUCUCCUCUGAACCACACGUGCACGAGGUGCUAGAUAUUUCUGUAAAGUGGUGGAUCGCGUGGCGAGACCAGGCGGUGGCGAUGCAGGAAUUCUCCCCCUUUCGCAAGGAUGACCGACAACAGACUCAGGCCCAAGGGAGUUCGACGUUGGGGAGCUGGGUGUCGGGCAUGCAAACAGGGGCUAAUGCCUCUCCCUUCUCUCACAUAUGGCCAGGUUCUACUACAACGUCUCAUACGAUGACCCGUUCUGACGAACCUCUGUCCUUCCGGGAUUUCGUACUCACCAAACUAUCCCGCACGCACGAUCUCGUGUCGCUAGCCACAGGACUCCUUUGUAUUGCCCUGUCCCUCUACCAAUUACGCCCUGGUGUCGACGAUCAGAAGCUAAACAUCUCUACAUCCCCAUCCGAACUAGCCGACCGGAUAACGCUCGUCGUCGAUACGGUCGUUCUCUCUCCCACGGCCCAGCAAAAACACAAACAUGACCCCGGCAUCCUGUUGCUCCUGAUGAUACGUGCCAAGAUGUACGCCGAGAGCAAUCAAUUGCGCAAGUCCUGGUUGAGCACACGCAGAGCUUUGGAAAUCGCGCAGGAGAUCGGAUUCGCAGAGCCCAAGAUACCAGCUGACGCGGGCCAAUUUGCGCCGAAGAUGUGCGGGCAGCAACUAACCCAGCUCUUCAACAGACAGCGGUUUAUCGGUUCCAUCAUGGAGCUCGAUCGACUCAUGAGCAUGACCCUUGGCUUUCCCCACGCGGAGGACGUCAAAUUCACGGACCGUCUGGCAAUGGCCGUGUUGAAGGGCCAGACAUCCAGUCGAGACGGGGCAUCGGUGUCUGUGGAAAUCAAAAUGCGCGCUUUCAGGCGUGUCGUGUCCAUUGCUGCAGGCCGAGUGAACGACCGCAACGCGACUUCUGACCCGGAUCCGGUGAAACUCCAGACCACAAUGGAGAUCCAAGCAACGCUGGAUGAAGUAGCAGCAGCUAUGCCUCCGGACUGGUGGGACGUGGAAUCACACCUUGGGGUUUCCGAUUCGUUUCGGGCGCACGAAAAUCUCCUUGCUCAGAUGUGGUUCUGGCAAGUCCAGGCCUUCCUCCAUCUGCCAUUUAUGCUCAAAGUCGAUCCGAAUAUCGUUGCACAGAACCAACACCCCGGCGACCACAUUACGCCGGAUCCAUACGCCGUGAACAAACAUCUCUGUAUGCAAGGCUGUCGCAGCAUGCUUCGCAUCUUCAACUUGCUCCGUUCCGAUCCAUCCCUCGCCGUCUACAUCUGCAGCUGCGAAGAUUUCCAGGGACUGUUCAGUGCGUGCAUCCUCAUGGUGGGCCUAUUGAUGCGCUUGUCAUACUGUUCGGAGUCUCGAUCUCAACCAGCAUCCGUCGGGAUGGGAAACAUCAGCGACGACCUCGCUCUCAUCGAAGAGAUCAAGGAGGUCUUCCGGUACCGCGCGACCCAACAGGGCGGCAGCAUCAGUAGACAGGGCCUCAAAGUCUUGCGGGAGCUGGGCUCCUUCCUGUACGAAGACGCCGACUCUCUCCAAGGAGCCGAUGUGAAGCACCGGACCGUGGUCCUGCCGUACUUUGGGGCAAUCCACCUCGAGUUGAGGCCGCCGCGACUCCUGCGCCGCAAAUGCACUGGCAUGGCCAACAUGUCACACCCAUGCAGGGUCCCGGAACUGAAUGCAGAGCCACCACAGAUGGAAUCUCAGAGCUCGUCAGAGCCAGUUUCCGACGAGGGAUUUGGGCCGACGUAUCCCGACCCGUUUGACUCUACUGCCUACUUACCAAAUUCCGCUUGGGAUGUACCAGGCAGUGCUGACGCGGACGACGCGACGUUCCAGUUCUCCGUGGAGCCCGGAGCGAGUUUGGAUUGGGACCGUUUCCUCUUCGGGAACGAGCUGGCUCAGAGUUGGAGCGCUGAGGUGCCUGAAUGA